AGGAAGGAAGGAAAGAAGGAAAGAAAGAAAGAAAGAAAGAAAGAAAAAAAAAGGAAAAAAGGAAAGAAAGAAAGAAAGAAAGAAAGAAAGAAAGAACGAACCUGGGAGGAAUAAGUGACUACUACAAAACAACGGGAAUCAUAGUGGAUAUAUUUCAUCGCUAAGCUAUGGCUAUAGAACAGUGAAAUCGGGCGUUUUCAGGUAUGUGGGUUGGCUGAUGUUCAUUGAGAUAGCUAGCUGGUCCUGGAUUCGCUCAUCGAAGUUUUGGCUGAAGAGGUCCACAGCGUUAAACCUAGCCAUUAACGUUAUCACCGGGACUGUCUUCUACCGCUGACACAGCCCGACACUACAGAGACAGAAAACAUGGUGUCCUGGAUAAUUUCAAGAAGCGUUGUGCUGGUGUUUGGGACUCUGUAUCCUGCAUACUACUCUUACAAAGCUGUCAAGACCAAAAAUGUCAAGGAAUAUGUGCGAUGGAUGAUGUACUGGAUUGUAUUUGCCCUCUACACUGUCGUGGAGACCAUCACUGACCUAACACUGGCAUGGUUUCCUCUGUACUAUGAGCUGAAGAUAGCCUUUGUGAUCUGGUUACUGUCCCCCUACACCAGAGGAGCAAGUCUCAUUUACAGGAAGUGUCUGCACCCUCUGCUGUCUUCCAGAGAGAGGGAAAUAGAUGACUAUAUUGUGCAGGCCAAAGAGAGAAGCUAUGAAACCAUGGUGAACUUUGGCAAGCAGGGACUGAGCAUUGCAGCCACUGCCGCUGUCACUGCAGCUGUCAAGGGUCAGGGUGCCAUCACAGAGAAGCUGCGAAGCCUGAGUAUGCAUGACCUCACACAGAUAAGCCAGCAGGACGAAAGAGGAAAUCAGCUGUACCAGUACAGCUCCCACUCAGCCAACCCCGCCAUUAGGAGAUCUCAAAGCACUGAUGCUACCGACGGAGCAGAGUACUUUUAUGACCAGGAGGAGAGGACAGAUGAAGAAGCUGAGCCAACCUUCUCUGAAGACGAGGCUGUUUGUCAGAAAGGACUUAGACGAUCGCAGAGUGUCAAGAUGUCACGAUCCAGAGUCCGCAAAGAUGCUCGCUAUGGAUCCCUGAAGAUUAAAGGCAAGAAGAGACCAGCACUGAGCUCUGUUAAUUAUGGAAUAUGAACAGACUACUGCUGACAGACAUACAAGCACUCACAUAUACACACAGCAGAACGGUCUGCUGAUUGGUGGAUGGUAUUGUCAGUCUGUAUUCAAGCUCUUCUCUGUCUGACUUUUCACUCUGCUGAAAACUUUAAUCUCUUUGAUGGUGAGCUUUCUGCUGACAUAUUUAUUACCUAAUUCAUCCAAAAACCAGAGAAAGGAGACUGAGAUUUUAGUCUCAAAGAACUUUGAUUGUUUUGGGGAUGAUGACGUACAUAAUAUUUUUUGCAUGGACUUGUUUGAUUCAUCUUUUUUUUCAUUAGAAUUCUAGUGUUUAGGUGUGAUCUGUCUAUAUCUGUGGUCUUUUAGAUUUUAGAUCUGUCUGUCCAGUUUUUGUUUAAUUUUAGAUUUGUGGUUCCAUUUUCUAUUAAGAGGUCCUAAACUAUAAACUGUAAUGCUUUAUAGUACAGUUAUAAGCUAUUAAUAAGAACAACUUUUGGGUUGCCAGGUUUUGAAAAAUCCCUUUUGAUGAUGUUUAUCCUCCUCCAACAUGACACUUGUUUUGUCUGUUAGGCUCUUCGGUAGGAGAACAGCUAUGAAUGCUAGUGUUGGUUAUGUAGCAAUAGCAAAAGUGUGACUGAACACAUUUUGAAAGAUAUAUGGUGGUGAGUAACAAGAGAGCUGGCCUGAGCAUUGCCAAUACCGUAGCUGUGAACAAUGAAUGAAACACAAGAAACCUCAGCAAAACAUUUGCUAUUUAAGAGGAAGCCAUUCGCAGAGGAACUGGUGCUUUACUUCAGGUGCUUCAGGCCAUAACAUGUCAUCUCCAGGACAUAAGUCAAAAUCAUAAUAUGGUUUUAGGACAUGCCCACCAAAUUUACACCACAUGAAAUUCAUUCACAAAUGUUUUUUUUUUUUCCACCCCAAUUUGUUUUUAAAAAUUGAAUAAGUGAAAAAUAAGAGAACCUAUAUUUGUUUGUCAGGAUUGUUCUUAAAUUGAACACUAAUUCCUGGUUACUGGCAUAAGGAGGGAAACACCCAAUUACAAGUAUUUAUUGUUUUUUUUGUUUGGUUGUUUCUUUUUGGUAUUUUUGCCUUGAUUAGAUUGUGAUAGUAGAGGUACAGACAGAAAAUGUGGGGAGGGAAGGAGGAGACGUGCAACAAAUACCCCCCCACUUGAAUCACAUCGUUAUAGGGUAUGCAUCCAGUGACACACCAUGACAAAUAAAAGCUUUUAUGAGAUACCAACACUGUAAAACAGAAACUAUAAUGUAAGUUAGAUAAGUAACAUAAGUUUUAAGGGAAAAAAAAGGACACAUUAAGAGUUUACCAUAGGCAAAGUUUUUGUUUCUCCACCAGGUCCAUUGACCUGUGUCAAAUGUUACAAUUGAGAGUGCCUGAAAGCUUUUUAGCAAACAGCCAGUGGUAGUAUGAACACAAAUUGCCCCUGAUGCAUCAUUGGUGUGUGAGUGUGUGCGCGUGUGUGUAGAAAGCACUAUAUGUGUAGAAAAGUGCUGUAUCAAUGUGUGUGUGAAUGGGUGAAUGUAGCAGUAGUGUAAAGACUUUGAGUGGUCGAUAAGACUAGAAAAGCACUAUAUAAGUGCAGACCAUUUACAUUAACUUAUAGACUUUAAUUGACUGUCGGACCACUUACCUUCUGGAAAAGAACUGCAUGACAUCUGGACCACUUUUUACAUGUUUAAGUGCUGAAUUUGGUUGUUGUUACAUUUCAUUAAUUACUUUUUAACAUUUAUAACUGCAGACCCUAUGGCUUAAUAGAGGUUAGACCCAUGACUUUUUAUUAAAGCUACAUUAAUUGACAUGACAUCGAAACUGUGAUCCAACUGACUUGCAUAGGGUUUACGACACUGCGCUGGCUUGGGUCCUCAGCAAUACACCCGCCAAGUUUGAAGUUGUUUGGAUGAGUGGUGGUCAAGAAAAUUGAAAUACAGACAGAGAUUUUUCCAUUUAUUAGUACAAUAAAAAUAUUGAUUAAUUCAACUCUAUGUAAAUAUGUAACUUUUGAACAAAGAUUUAACGCAUUCCUCCUCUUACACAUUAAAAGUUGAAUUAAUAAGUAAUAAAACACCCCUGCUCAUUUCAGAACUCUCAGGGGUUUUCUUUUCUGUUAUGACCAAUCACUUAUGGUGACUAUUGUUAAUAAACUUUAGAUAGAUAUGGCCUAUAACUAACAUUACUGAGUCAGGUCCCUGACUUGUACUAAUGUUACACUACAUUUUAGCAUGUUACAGAUAUAAUUCAAGAAAAAUUUGAGUGCUUUUAACACAAUAAAAUUAAUUGUAGGUGCCACUUGUAGCCACUGUUACUUAAAAUUUACACAGGUACACUCUAAUAAUGGCUCAAAUAACUGUGUAAUGUGAGAGGGGGUUGCUUGUAGUGAUGAACUCACGCAGUUAUCACCAAUUAGGCAGUUCCUCUCAGGUGUACAGAGUUUUUUUUAGCCUCUUUUAGCUCACUGUGUUGCUUUAAGAGCCCACAACCUGACUGUAUUGGUUUCACAUCAGUGCACUUAUCACCUUGGUUUCAGGCAGCUGUUUUCCAGAGAAAAAGCUCUGAUAAACCCACUCUCCAUUACCUGCGCAGCAGCAAACAGCAGACAGACAGUUAGAGACCAGCUGGUGAGGACAGUGGAAUAUUAAAUAUUAGACUUGAUUAGCUUUAAAGGCUUACCAACAUUUUUAGCGGCAAACAACAUAACAAACCAAAAAUAUUUCUAACAACCUGGCAACCCAAGGUUUUUUUUUUAAAUUAUUGGCUUAUAAAGGACCUACAAAGCAUUAUUAAAUGACUUUAUUACCCAUUGAAUCCCCCUUAUAAAGUGUACAUUUUUAAACGUGGUACCAGUUUUUCUUCUGCUGCCUUUCAGGUAUAUUACCAAUGAGGAACUUGUUCCUAGGAAGCUCUGACCCUAGUGUUGGAGUCCGUUAACUUUUUUGUGGCUCAGUAUACUAAUGGAGAUGAUUUUUUACCAUGGUAGACACAUUUAGGCUCAGACACUUGACACAUUCCCUGUUACAGUGGUUACCAUAUGAGAGCCCGAGUCGCAGCGGGAUACCAGCAGUUCCUACUUGAACAUCUGAAAUUCAGUAGAGGGGGAAUUGAGCCUGUCUGAGUGAAACACUUGAAUCAAUCUUAAGAACACCAGCAGACUAUCCCAAUUGCCAUUAGAGGAAGACAGUGAACAACAAUGAUGAGGAAGAAAGGGAAGAGAAAACCAAAGGAAUGAAACAAAGUGAUUCUUCCACGUUUCUAUGAAAGGAUUACAGCCUUUUCUGAAGGCCCAAAACUCCCACUCACUAUUAAUGAUUUCUUAUUUUCCUGCUUUUUACACAUGUUUUUGAGGGUAUUUAGGGUAUUGACUGUGUGUCCUGAUCAGAUCCCAGUGAAGAAUAGCUUUUUGAAUGUUAUUAGUUUUUUGUUACCUUUGGAUCCGAGGAGGUUUUUGUAUUGUAACCACCUGUUUUUGCACAUAUACCUCCUCCCAAAUCUGUUUUAUUAGUGCUGUUGUUGUCUGUCAUCUCAUUUUAUAAUGUACUUUGCUGUGGAAGAAUGCAGUACACAGAGUGAGCUUAAAAAUUCUUGAUGAUGGAUGCUACUACUAAUAGCCUCUUGGAUUUUAAUGUUUGACUUGUGUUUCUCCUCUGUCAGCGUUACACUGCUGACAAACUGUAGAAGGUUCAUUCAACAGUUGCUGUGGUGUAGAGAGAUAAGAGUCAGUUUCUAUUGUUUCUCUGGCAGAAACAUUGUGCUUCUGAUUCAGCAAUACAUCUGUCCUAAAGUAGAAUUAACUUCUUUUGACUUAUUUGUGUUCUUGGAAAAAACAAAAUUGAUAGAGGAAGGUGACAAAUUAAAAGACAAGCCUGAAUCAAGGGGUGUCUUCCAGUAUGACUAUUUGGAAAGUCAAAGAAUGAGGACUGGAUUUUUUUACCCUCCAUCACUUAUAUUGAAAUCACUGUGGGAAGGGAUCUCUUCACAGCCAGUUUGGAGAAGAACAAUUACAGCAGCCAAUAAUGUUCAAUGUACAUAUGGACGCGUGGCUAUUGUUUUCACCAGGGCUGUCACUUUUUAUCCGAAAUUCCAACUUUGGCUCAAAUGUGAGAAUAAAAAAAAAAAAUUAGUUAUUUGUAUUAUAAUGGCCUGUCCAAAUUCAAACUUUACAGUCUGUAAGCACAAAACGUCCUUUGAAGUAGUUUGUGUUGUGGUCCAGCAAAGGGCGCCCUUAAACUUUAAUAUCAGCUUGACCGAUUGCUGCCCUACUGACCUAUUAGAAAAAUGAGCUGAUAAAUAAAAAUGGCAGAGGACAAUUGAGGGCAAAGCUGUCCUGACUGAAUAAUCAUGACACAUGAGCAUCUGAGAGGCAGUGUGCGGAAGUAUUUUCGAUUCGUCAUCGUAGAUGUAAAAAAUACCAACAAAGGGUGGUUGGCUUUGUAGAGAGGAACUGCCUUACUCUACAACCACAACAAAUUUGAGGGCUCACCUGCUGCUUCAACUUCUUGCAAGAAUCUCAUGAAAUCACCAUUGGGUUAUUACACUAUAUUGGUUGUGUUCGAAUUGAUUCAAACAAAUUACAUGUUAGUUUGAAUUCCUUCAAACUUGACCUUUUGAAAAAGUGACAGCCCUAGUUUUAAGAUGGACUUUAAAAAAAUGCAAACUUAGUCUUUAAGCACAAAUUAUAUUUUAUGCAUCUGCAUAGCUGCAAAGGUGUGCAUUACAUACAUUUUGUAAUUAUAUGUCUUUGCAGACAUCCACACAAAUGAACAGCACACGUCCACUAUGUUCCCUUCUGUUUGUGUCCAUGGAGUAUAUUCUGCCCUUUAGACAGUGCUCUCCAACAUCAUCAUCAUCAUCAUCAUCAUCAUCAUCAUCAUCAUCAUCAUCAUCAAGUCAAGCGAGGGAAUAUCUUUUGGAAGAACGGUGUUCAUCUCUCCAGUAGAAUUCAACACACUCAGAGGAUCUUUAUGCUUUAAGGACAGGAAGUCAUAGACUUGUUUGGUCAUAAGUUGGGUGCAACAACAAGCCAAACUUGCUCGUGUCAUAAUGUCCAUUUAAUGCUCAUAACUGACUGACACCAAAGCUUCAUGUACUCACCCAGAGCUGUGUGGCUGUGUUGUUUAAAAAUUGUAGGUAAAAUGUCUGGUGUGUGGAUUGCUGGAUUGUAAAUGUAAUAAAAUAAAGGCUACCUGAUUACAGU